UUUACUUGAUCUAUACCAUGGUAAGUCGUACCUAUGUUGCUUAUCAUCGUCCUAUAUCUAGGCUUGCCAGCAGAGGCUGUCCAGUCCAUUGACUAUCCUGUGGAAUGGAAGAAAUGUCUGAGAGAGAUACGCAAUGAGAUCCCCGUAGAUAAAGAGGGCGGAUCCCUGACAGUAACCACGUGUCUUAAUCAGUAUCUGUUCUCAAACGGCUUUAAAACGUGGCAUUCCGAACCAAGUUCAGACUACAAGACAUUCUCAGAGGAAUUCUGUCAGGUAAAGCCACCCGACGGGGAACCGAUCAGAAAACGCAAGGAGUACCGCAUGCUGUCAAAAGACGAGAAAACAAGAUUUCACAGCGCUUUGAAUAAAAUUUGGAGCAACGGCACAUACGAUCACAUAGUACGCUUCCAUGCCGACUCGAGUGCGGUACCUGUAGCUCAUGGCGGGCCUGGCUUCCAACCCUGGCAUCGAAUCUAUCUUAUGAGGUUGGAAGAUGAACUGCGCAAAUAUGAGCCUGACCUUACUUUUCCGUAUUGGGAUUGUCGAGUGGAAGCCGAACUGUACGAGGAAGGUCUAGGACCACACUGGUCCAAACUAUGGAACAAUGGAUAUGCAGGUUACGGGGCCGAUAUUGUGACAAAAGGACCGUUCAAAGACUGGCAACUACGGAGACGUUUCGGAGAUGGCAACCUUCCCAAUAGAAAGCGUGUAGAAAGGCUCUUCAAUUUCACAAAAGAGGAAGUCACUUCAUUACCUUACGGGAGUACACCAUUUGGACUCCUUGAACGCAUACACAACUCAAUACACAUGUGGGUAGGUGGAGAUAUGGUAUAUAUUUCCCUUGCUCCAAAGGACCCGGUAUUUUUUCUUCUUCAUUGCUUUAUUGACUAUCUCUGGGAAUCAAUGCGUACUUAUUACAAAGAUAAGUAUGGUGUCAAUCCUGCGGAGAAUUUCCCAAACAUCUCCACAUUAUCAUCUUCGGCACAAGUCUACCACAAUAAGAGUAGUCCUUUACCAGGAUUCGAGCCAUUGACCCUAUUGGAUGGUUAUUCAAACCAAUGGACAAGAGAUGUGUACAGCUACGAGUCAAGCCCAAUGGAUAAGGACUGUUCAGAAUGCAGCGACAAUGAUGUGCGUAAAAACUGUAUAGACAUAUGUGGGAGGAAUCUUAAGUGUCGAAAUGGAAAAUGCGUCCCAAAGUUAUUAGUUCCGACAUUCUUCGAUGAAUUUUCAACCGAACAUCGACCACCAACAUCCAGAGUUCGCCGAGAUACAACAGCGGAAGAUCACUGUCAUGGAGGAGUGUGCGACUUUGCCGAACCGUCUAUCCAAAACGAUUUUAUGUGGAAUGGAGACGAUGAUACGAAUCACUUUAGGUGGGUUCCAAUAAAGGUGUUAAACAGAAGACCACUUCACCAAAAAUACAACACAUAUGCUGUACAUGACAACCACAUUGACACGUCCAAUGAUAUAUUCGACCCGGUACUGUUUCCACCGUUGGAACAGGAGCUGCCCGCCGGCGACCCGGGGACGUAUGACCAUUGUUUCGUACAGUCGGUACAGUCUUAUGUAGUCAUUCGGUCGGAUAGUUUGUCUGCGGUCAGCUCACCACAAAUAGAAAAAUGUCCAUUUUCUGGAAAGUACGCCUUCGACACGGAGUACGCCUACUUAGCGGUGGGGAACCCGCAGCAAGGUCCCGUCAACGUUUCCUUCAUUGCCUAUGAUCAAUGCGGUCGUUUGUGUACCCCAUAUUGUCGACAGCCGGACAGUCAGUUCAAACGAUGUACCGGACUUUUCCAACUUGACGGGUCGUAUGACGGGUAUGGAGAUAAUCCAUCACAAGUGAUUGCCAAACAGCUCUACACAACAGACGGUUUACACGACCUAAAUGACGACAACGUGUUUCUCGUGUUUGAUUGCGAUGCGUCCAUGGAAUACUACUUUGAUAGGUUCCUUUAGAGUCGUCAUCAAUCCAACUCUGUCCAAUUAAAAACCUUAAAGAAAUACACAUAUGGAUAUAUUUUUCUUGCGACACCCCGUUGUUUAUAAAGAACGUGUUAUAUGAGAAAAAUCGAUACCACGGUAUAUAUAACAUUUUUUAAAAGAUGAUUCAAAAUAAACUCUUUAAGGACUUUCUUGUGUUUGUUUGUUGU